AUGGUUUGGCACUUCGUUCUUUAUCUCUCCAGGUUCUUGAUGGUGUUCAUGUGCUUGUCGCUGUCGGUUUUCUCCACUAUUGAAGAAUACGAGGCAAAGGCUGGGAUUGUACUCCUCUACAUGGAAGCCGUGGUCGUGGUGUGGUUCGCCAUUGAAUUUUGUCUAAGGUUGUGGUCGUCAGGAUGUCGCUCGCGGUACCAGGGCCUAAUGGGCCGGCUCAAGUUUUUGAGGCGGCCCUUCUGCAUCAUCGACGUAACCACAAUCAUCGCCUCUAUGGUGGUCUUGGGAAUGGGAUCUUCGGGCCAAGUUUUUGCGGCGUCAGCUCUGCGCGGACUACGAUUCUUCCAAAUAUUAAGAAUGGUCCGAAUGGACCGACGAGGGGGCACGUGGAAGCUUUUAGGCUCCGUCGUAUACGCACACAGACAGGAAUUGAUAACUACACUAUACAUAGGAUUUCUGGGACUGAUUUUCGCUUCGUUUCUAGUUUAUUUAGCAGAAAAAGACGUUGCUGAUACAAAGUUUAAGAAUUUCGCGGAGGCACUUUGGUGGGGUGUUAUCACGCUGUGCACAGUUGGAUACGGCGACAUGGUACCACAGACCUGGCAAGGGAAGCUUAUAGCCUCGUUCUGUGCUUUACUCGGAAUUUCGUUCUUCGCUCUGCCUGCUGGCAUUUUAGGAUCUGGUUUUGCUCUGAAAGUGCAACAACAACAAAGGCAGAAACACAUGAUCCGGCGACGACAACCGGCAGCGACUCUCAUUCAAGCUCUUUGGCGCUGUUAUGCUGCCGAUGAACAUUCCAUGAGCGUAGCCACUUGGAAGAUACACCAAAUACCCCUGCCUAGUCCACAAAUAAGUCGGGUCAUGAGUGCAUCAUUCAAGAACAAUGCCUCCUUUGUGUCGCGGUUGCCGACAAUUCGUAGACACAAAAGUACUUCUCUGCAUUCCCCCGCACCGCACUCGAAGCCGGCACAUCGAUACGAAGUCAACGCCAGCGCUGAAAACCUCGAUGAAGAUGAAGAACCUCGUUGUGUGACACUUACUCCUCGGCACAAAGCAGCUAUUAGAUUUAUAAGAAAGCUCAAGUAUUUUGUCGCGCGCAAGAGAUUUAGAGAAGCUUUGAAACCGUACGACGUAAAAGACGUGAUCGAACAGUACUCGUCUGGCCACGCCGAUCUCCUUAACCGAACCAAGAACCUCCAAUACAGGUUAGAUCAAAUUCUCGGCAAACAAGGUUCCAAAGCGAAAGACGUCUACGCAUCUAAAAUUAGUUUAGCUUCCAGAGUCGUUAAAAUUGAAAGACAAGUGGAUGAUAUAGAAAGUAAGUUAGACCAUUUAUUAGAAUUGUACGAAGAAGACAGACGAGGGGCGAGGAGAAUAUGCAACGAUACAAAUAGCAGGGGUGGGACCUCCGGAGACAUACACGGAACGUCGCGGCCAGCUCUCACUGAAAAACAGUGUUCGGAACCAAACUCACCGCUGUCUCGAACCUUCGAACCACCGAUUCUCAAGAAUCCUCCACCGGCAGCCCUGAAGAGACCGAUGAAUAGGGGCUACUCCGAUUUAGGAGCCAGGUUUAUGCGCAAGAAAGUAAUUGUUAAAACGUCGUCGGCUCGAAACGGGGAAUCGCCGAGGGAUGAUGAAGUAGUCAUCGUAGUGCCUACAGAUCGCGAAGACACGCCGCCGAGACUCAUCACUGACAGUUCGGACGUGUGCGCGAGUUGUUCCGUGGACGUCGAAACAGAGGCGGAGGCGGGCGGAACGCGCUCGGAUACUUCCGGGUCCCCGUCUUGGUGCGAGGGCGAAGCGGCCGAUGAACGCGACUACGGCUCCGGAGACUCGCUCGCCGAAGACACCGCUUUACUCGGUGACGCAGUCCAACAGGCUCACCAGCCGCGCAUUCUCCGCCCGAGUAACCAGAGGCGCGAUGUAGCCGUGGAUCUUCAUUUGCUUCGCCCAGACGUAUAA